AGUUUAUGGCUUUGCAAGAUGUAUGCGGCUUGCAGACCGCCCCUCUGUUCCCUCAAUGGAAUGCUCCUCUCUCACAGUCCUUCAUGCCGGAGGAUUCCACUCAUCUGUUCGGAGGGGGGAUUCACGGAGAAGCUUUCUCUACAUGGCUGCCUGGGAGGGGCGCUCUGAGUCCUUUGGAAUUUUACAUGCCGAUAGCGGAAUACCUCACACAAAGCCCGAUAAACUUCGGUCAAAUUAGCCUCGGUUCAGCGCCGACAAACCUACUGAAUAUAGACCAUCAGCAUCCCUCAUUGCCGUCCAUCUCUCUUCCUUCACCCACACCCUACUCCAUCUCUCCCUCCGUUCCUUUACCGUUCACUCUCUCUCACGGUACCACAACUCUCGGCUUCGCGUUCCAGGGAGGUGUGAUCGCCGCAGCCGACACGCGUUCCAGCUGCUCGGGGAAGGUGGCCUGUCCCUCCUCACCGAAGGUCUUGCCCAUCCACUCUCACCUGGUUGGUACCACAUCCGGGACCUCAGCUGAUUGUGCGCUCUGGAAGCGCAUCCUGGCUCGAGAGCUCAGACUGUACCAGCUUCGACACCGCCGUAGGCUGUCGACAGGGGGCGCCGCAAAGCUGCUGUCUCACAUGCUGCAUCCAUUCAAAGGCACUGAGCUGUGCGUCGCAGCCACUCUGUGUGGAUGGGAUGGGGAUGAAGAAAAAGAUGAGCAACCAAUUACAGAGAAAUAUGCAAAUACCACAACCACUCAAAUAUUAGCAAGCGAUUCAUGUAGCCAAUCAGCAGCAACCCAGCCGUUCAUAGCUGCUCCUGCAGUUUGUAAAUCUCCAGCUCAACAAAUGGUCAAACCUCGUUCGGGAAUAUGUGGCCCACGGGUUGUUUAUGUGUGCAGUGACGGGCUGCGCCUGCAGGGGGAGCUGUUCUCUGUGGGAUCGGGCUCUCCAUACGCAUACUCGAUCCUGGACAGCAGCGUUUACUGGGGAAUGAGCGUACAGGAGGCCGCUUCAGUCGCCAGGGAGGCCGUAUACAGAGCCACAUACAGAGACGCGUACUCGGGCAAUAAUGUAGAUCUCUACCAUGUUACUGCCCAAAGGGUGGAGGCGCAGAGAGAGGGAAAACUUGAAAGAGGAGUAUUACAGAGAGAAAGAGAGGGAGAGAAAGAGAGUGGAGGAGAGAAAAACAGAAAAGAAAGCAAUUUUAAAAUGUGAUGAUAGAGAUAUAGUUUGAGGAGAAACAUGAGGCAGAUUUUGGAAACAUGAAUGAUGAGAAAAUGAUUUUUAUAGCAAAGCAAAAAAAAAAAAAAAAAAAAAGAUGCAAAGACAAACAUGUGUUGAUAAUUCAGUAAAAUUUAUAGUUAUUAGUGUUUCACACUGAGCUUUUUUAAAGAAAACCAAAAAGGAAGUUUUUAUCCAAAACUGUAUGAUUUUUCUUUUUCUGAGGAACACAAAAGGAGAUGAUUAGCAGAAUGUCUGCAUGAGUUGUGUGGCAUAUUUUUGUAGUACUUUGUAUUUUUAAUAGUUAAAUAAUUUUGCUGAAUGUCAGAAGCUUCAGCCCCCUCUCUUUGAUUGUAUCUUGGGCAUUAUGGUAAAAAUCUAAUUUUAUGUUUAUGAGGAAAAAAAGAACUUAUGGGUUUAGAAUGAUAUUGUUAUUAAUUUUUGAGUGAACAAACUUUUUGAUCAACCCACUUUUUGACCACUUCUAAUGUAAUGACUAAUGAAGAAUAUAAAGUUCAAGUAUAAACUCGUAAGAUUGAGCAGAAAUCAGGACUCAAUGCUAAGGAUUUUUUUCUAUUGUCCUGGUUGAGCCAUGAUUCAAAUUUUUACUUGCCCUGCCAAAUUGUGGCCCCACUACAAAAAAAGUCAUAAAUAAAUUAAUUAAAAUACUUAUUGUUUUCCUUGUAUUCCUUGUAUUCUAAUAAAUAGCGUUAAGACACCAACAUUUUACAGACCAGUGAAAUUGAAUCAUAAUUAGUCUAACUAAUAUAAAUUUAAAACAUUAUUAAAGAUAAGUAAAACGUAAUUAGUAAAAUAAAAUCAAAUAAACAAAUUACAAGCAAUAGCACAAAUACAUAUAAUAGAACAAAGAUACAAAUGAAAAAGGUUUUCAGGUAGGUAAUUCAGACAUAUCUAGUCUGUCUUAAAUGUCAGAAAACAACAUUUAUUUAUAUAUUUAAGUCUCCCUUUAGUCAAUAAUUUUAUGCCUUAAAUUUGAUCUCCAAAAUGAUAUAUUUAAACGUUUUUUUCUUUGAAAAAAUAUUUCUUUAUACCUUAAAAUAGCUUGAUUGUAACUCUACACCCUUGCCUGGUUUAGUAUGCUGUUCUACACACGUUGACGUUCUACAGCACAUCUGUUCAUAUUCAUGCUGUAAUAAACAAAUGUGUGUCA